AAGAAGGACGGUUCUAUGCGCAUGUGUAUCGAUUACCGAGAUCUCAACCGAUUAACCAUCAAGAAUAAAUAUCUGCUUACCAGAAUCGACGACUUGUUCGACCAGCGGAGGGGAGCCUGUGUGUUCUCCAAGAUUGAUUUACGAUCAGGUUACCAUCAGCUGAAGAUCAAGGAGUGUGAUAUUGCAAAGACCGCUUUUCGUACUCGGUACGGUCAUUAUGAGUUUGUAGUCAUGCCAUUUGGCCUCAACAAUGCUCCAGCAAUAUUUAUAAACCUGAUGAACCGUAUCUUCCAUCCUUAUCUUGAUGAGUUUGUUAUUGUUUUCAUUGAUGACAUCCUAAUCUACUCCAUGAGCCAGAAGGAGCACGAGGAGCAUCUGAGGGUUGUUCUUGAAACCCUUAGACGUGAAAAGUUAUAUGCCAAAUUCUCCAAAUGCAAAUUCUGGCUCCAGCGAGUAGCCUUUCUUGGCCAUGUUAUCACUCAGGCAGGUAUCGAGGUUGAUCCAUCCAAAGUUGCCACUGUUCAGAAUUGGUCAACACCGAAGAAUCCAUCCGAGGUUCACAGUUUUCUCAGUUUGGCUGGUUAUUAUCGCAGGUUUAUCGAGGGUUUUUCCAAGAUUGCCCUUCCUUUAUCCCAGCUGACGAGGAAAUCUGUGAAGUUUGAGUGGACUAAUCAAUGUGAAUCUAGCAUUCAGGAGCUCAAGAAGAGACUUACCACAGCAUCGUUGUUGACUAUUCCAAAUCCUUCUCGGAGUUUCACCAUUUUUAGUGAUGCUUCAAGACAGGUUUUGGGAUGCGUACUCAUACAGGGUAGCCAGGUCGUUGCUUAUGCUUCACGCCAAUUAAAGCCACAUGAACAUAACUAUUCGACGCACGAUUUGGAGCAAGCGGUAGUUGUUAAUGCCCUCAAGAUUUGGCGACAUUAUUUAUACGGCA